UACAACGUGACUCGAUGAGUCGUUUUAGCGCCCAGAAGUGCCAGGGCACGAUAUCCGCACGAAUCUCCUACAUGCCGAUCAUUGUUCACGGACAUCGUAUCACGGACCGUUUCGGCCCGGCUGGUCUUCAUGCCCGUGGACAUCAACGUUGCAAUAUGCGAGGUUGCAAUGAGCUUGUUGAUCCUGUGUUUUGCCUGUACGCAUGGCGUGUUGAUGGCUAAAUGAUGGGCUUUAAAAGAGCUCCCGGUGAACACAUGAUCGCAAGCAUCGACGGCUGUUUGUUCAUGACUCGGGACUUUGUAGUCUUUUGAUACAGCCCAUCGCAGCCACUAUCUUUGAUUACUACUGGGAACCAAAUCAUGAUGACCCUAUCUACCAAGUUAGCUGUAGUUGCAGCUGCUGCCGGCACCUUGUUUCCCAUCAACGCUGCUGCGCAAGCUUCAGGCCCAUACGAAGCAACAUGGGAGUCAACCGACAAACACAAUGCCUCACCCGAAUGGUUUCGCGAUGCCAAGUUCGGCGUUUACUGGCACUGGGGAGCUUUCACAACCCCACAGUACGCCAGUGAAUGGUAUCCACGCAACAUGUACGAGCCAGGCUCAGACCAACGCAAACACCAUACCAAGACCUACGGACCACCCGAGGAAUGGGGCUAUGAGAAUUUCAUCAAUGGCGCUGAUGAUCUCAAGGGAAACUUUGUACAGUUUAAGCCUGUUCUUAGCUCAAAGGGUGGCGAGUUUGAUCCCGAGGCUAUUAUCAAAGCUGUUAAGGCUUCGGGUGCAAAGUUCGCUGGCCCGGUUGGUGAGCAUCACGAUGGCUUCUCUAUGUGGGACAGUAAAGUCAAUGAGUGGAACUCAGUCAAGCGAGGUCCUAAAAUGGACUUGGUCAAGCUGUGGGCGGAUCUUGUGCGCAAGAAUGGUAUGAAGCUCGUUGUCGCCAUGCAUCAAGCCUACAACUACAACGGCUUCUACGAAUGGGCGCCAAAAACCAACGACACGAGCUUGAAAAAGCUUCUGGGACAGCUUCCACGCGAUGAAGCAGACCAGCUAUGGUUUGACAAGCACAGAGAGAUGCUAGACCAUGUGCAGCCUGAUAUCAUCUGGAACGACUUCUCACUCGACAGCCCUGGCUACUGUGCUGACUUUGAUGGCCCAUGCGCUGUUGCUGAGAAGAAACGGUUGGAGUUUCUUGCAUACUACUUCAAUCGGGCUGUUCAGUGGAACAAAGAGGUUGUUACGACUCAUAAGCAUUUUGAUGUGGGAUUCCGCGACACGUCCACCGUGAGCGAUUAUGAGCGUGGUGGGCCAGCCAACAUUACGCGUCCCUACUGGCUGACAGAUGAUGCUAUCAGUGCUUCAAGCUGGAGCUACACAGUCGGUAUCAAGUAUUAUUCCUCCAAGGCCAUGGUUCACUCGCUGCUUGACCGCAUCAGCAAGAAUGGCAACAUGCUGCUCAACAUUUCGCCAACCGCAGUCGGUGUUUUGCCUGAUGAGCAGCUCAAGGUCUUGCAGGAUAUCGGAGACUUCCUUGGACGCUAUGGGGAAUCUGUUUACAGUACUCGCGCUUGGGAUAUCUAUGGCGAAGGGCCUAACCAAGUCACUGGCGGGUCUUUCACGGCACCCUUGCAGGGGAACAGCAGUGACAUUCGCUUCACACGCAACAAAGAUGCUGACGUUCUCUAUGCUACGGUUCUUGGCUGGCCCGACGAUAGCCACGUUGCUAUUAGCAGUCUUGGCGCCGAUGCUUUGGUUGAUCUCAAGAGCCUGAAGUCUAUUGACCUUCUGGGCGACAAGGCUGGCGAAUACCAAAAGGUCUCGGACUGGAAGCAGUCCAAGGAUGCUCUAGAGAUCUCGCUGUCAGCUCAACCGGCCAAGUCACUUGCCUAUGUCCUCAAAUUGACUUUUGAUGGUGGAAUCCCGGUCCCCCAGCCCAAGAUUGGUGCCUCUGUGUUUUCUGCUACCAGUGCGACCGGUCGGGGUGUUAGCCUUGGGCUUGGUGGCUUCAACGGAGAAUUUUUGACCGAGGCUGGACUGGAGCCCGACGCUAUCCGUUUUAUUCGUGUUUCUUCUGGUACCAAAUUGACUGUGUAUUCGACCGGGGACUUGUCUGGCGAUAGCACGGAGCUUGACGCUGGUGAACAUAAGGUUGAAGAGGGGUCAGUAGGAUCCAUCGCGAUCUCCAAGGCUUGAGAGAUGGACAGCGAAGACUGGACAGUACAUAGCUGGCUGCAGGCUAAGCUUUAAUAGCAGUUUUCUUUGAAUGGAAUUUG